AUGGCCAAGGUCACGUUCGACUGUAAACUCACCUACUCCCGCCAAACCAAUGAGUGGACAUUUGCCUGGAAAGGAACAGGCUUGCACAAUCAACCUCUAAAUGCAAGAGGAGAAGGAUUAGAGAAUGUGGAGCGAAAUUCACAGAAAAGUCGUGAAUAUCAACGUAAAAGCCUAAGAAAUACACAAGAACGAUUUGAGAGAAUGAGUGGAAGAAAUAGAGUUGUGCUGGGUGUACUAUCAAUUUCGCCACCGUCUACUCGUCAAGGCCGAGUAUGGCGGACAGUCGAUGCUUCGCCGCCAUCUUUACUUGUACCUUGUUCUACUUUGUCGCCAUUCCCCCCUUCGUUUUUGGCAUCCGGACCUUGA